AUGGAGGUUGACUAUGAGCCACUCACAGAGGGGAGGUCGACGCACGGUCCGGAACCCCAGCAAGCGGAAGCCAGCUCCAUUUCGGCAUCCAAUUCUGGAGAAAAUGCAUUCCUGCCAAAAACAAUUCAAGAGGAGUGCCUCCGGCUGUGCCGUCCCACGCGAUAUGACGGGCGCCGAUAUGUAGAGGCUUUGGGGGAGUUCCUCAAUUCCCUAGACCUAUACCUCCGCAUUCAAAAUGCCCCAGAAGAAUUCCAACUCCUCCUCGCCUCUUCCUUGUUAGAAGGGGAAGCAAGGCAAUGGUGGCAACACUUAAGCAACGGCUCCACGUUCCUGGAGCACAUCAGGUCCAUGCAGCCCUUCCGGGACGCGCUACGUUGCACGUUUAUCCCGUCGUCCGCAAGGGAGCAGGCAAUGGCGGAACUGAGAAAGCUUGAACAGGGAAAACUUUCAAUAAAGCGCUAUAUUGAGAAAUACCCGUCCUUGGUGAACCGAAGUUCUAUGGUGGCCGCGGAGCUCCACUACAUUUGGUUUAUAGCGGGGCUGGAACCCGUAGUGAGGCAAACAGUGAAUGGCUGGGCUACGGAAAGGGAAAUGAGGGGCGAAAAAGUGGAACUCGCUGACACGAUGGAAUAA